AUGGACGUUGAUACUGAAGAGGCGGACUACAUCCAGAGACACAGGCUGCCGCCGAAACCGAGACCCGAAGACUGGCUGUUGGAGUGGGAUGUCAUUGAACGGUCUCCGCUGGGGUUAGCGUCGAACCGUGCUGUGCACGUUGCAGUUCAGCAGUUUCUGGUGGAAGUUGCGAAGCAGCUGGGGCUGGGUUCCUACGUGCGUGCAACGGCCCACGUGCUCUAUAUGCGGUACUAUUUGUACAGCGAUCACAUUGUACCGGUCACGAGGGCGGAGUUAGAGCCUGGCUCUGGCCGAGGUACCAGUGAGUGGACGGCGCCGGCCGCGGUGCCUUUCGACCCAUACCAGAUGGCAUCCGCGGCGGUUUUCCUGGCCGCCAAGGUGGAGGAGUGCCCCUGUUCUCUGAGCAAAGUGAUUUAUCUGAGCGUGAAGACGCGCACGCGGAACAGUAGGACGCAUCCAGGGGGCCUCGAGGUCUACGAGGGCACCGAGCGCUUCGUGGAGGAGAAACAGCAGCUCUUGUUCGCUGAGCGGGCGCUUCUCCGCGCUACGCACUUUGAUCUCCGCAUGGAUCAUGCGUAUCGGUAUCUUGGCGCUGUACGCGACCUUUUGCAGCGAUCCGACUGCAUCGGAGAGUGCCCAGCCUCAUGGUGGGAGCGAGUGUACGCACGAGCUUGGGCGGCGGUGACGAAGAGUUUCGGGACUGUGGGCUGCUUGCAUUUCCGAGGCCGAGACCUAGCAGCUGCGGCGAUGGCCCUCGAGGCUGUGGAUACCGCAGCCCCUGAGCGGGUGGACGAGGCUGGGCUCGAGGCACUCGAACGGUGGGCAGGUUGGGAGGUUCUCGGGAGACACGAGCACCCCGAUGUGAAACGCCACCCAUACCAAAUCCUGAGUUUGGAGCAUGUUCCUCUUUGCGAUUAUGGCCUCGGUAUCAGCCGCGAGGAGGCUAUCGAAGCGAUCAGGAGGGGCGUCAUUCGUCGGGUCUAUGAACAGCAUACGUAG